UUCUUUGUUUCUCUCUCUCUCUCUCUCUAAUGGAGUGGAUUAGAGGACCAGCAAUAGGCCGAGGCGCCACGGCCACCGUGUCUCUAGCCACUUCGAUUCCUUCCGGCGACCUUUUCGCCGUUAAGUCGACCGAGUUAUGUCGCUCUACGUUCUUACAACGAGAGAAUUAUGUGUUGUCCAAAUUAAGCUGUCCUCACAUAGUUAAGUACAUAGGGAAUGAUGUUGCGAAUGAAGCGAACGGCAAGGCUACGUACAAUCUAUGCAUGGAGUACGUUGCCGGAGGUACGCUUUCAGAAGAAAUUCGUAGGGUCGGAGGGGAAUUGGGUGAAGAGAAAGUUAGAUUGUAUACUCAUCAGAUUUUACAGGGUUUGAGUUAUCUACAUGUUAAUGGAGUGGUACAUUGUGACAUCAAGAGCCAAAAUAUUUUGAUCGGCAAAGAAGGUGCAAAGAUUGCUGAUUUGGGGUGUGCUAAAUUGAUGGGAAAAGACGGUGAAGAUGUCGGUUUCGACAUGUCGGCGAUUUCAGGUACACCGGCUUUCAUGGCGCCGGAGGUGGCACGUGGGGAGGAGCAGGGUUUUGAAGCUGAUAUAUGGGCACUUGGAUGUACAAUUAUAGAGAUGAGCACCGGGAAUUCACCAUGGCCGGAGCUUAAUGAUCCGGUGUCCGCUCUGUAUAAGAUCGGAUUCUCUGGGGACGUGCCGGAGAUUCCGAGAUGGUUAUCCGAGGAGGGAAAGGAUUUCCUUGGAAAGUGUUUGAAGAGGGAUUUGAAAGAGAGGGGGACAGCUGAAGAAUUGCUUCAACAUCCAUUUUUGGAAGAAUCAGAUACCCUUUUGAAGGAAGUAAAGGAAUCCACCAUGGAUUCUCCCAAUUCUGUGUUGGAUCAAGGUUUCUGGGAUUCACUCAACGUGAUGGAAAGCCAAAAGAAUUUGAAUUCCAGAGAGAUUUCCAUGAAUUCUCCAGCUGAUAGAAUCAAGAAAUUGAUUCAAUCUACUCUGCCACCACCUUCCAAUUGGACACUGUGUGAAGAGGAUUGGAUCACGGUUAGAAGCAGUAGCAUUGAACAACACAAUGAAUUCCAAUUUUCAUCUGUGUCAUCCAUGGAUUCAUACGAAGAACUCGAAACCGAAAGCUCGAUCUCCGAAGAAGUUUUCUUCUUAGACAACUCUGCAGAAAACACCAUUGAUUUCACCUCUACUCUGGUAUUUGACAGAGAUGAUAUUUUUGUAUCAGAUGAUCUCAAUUUUGAGAAAAUUAAUGAAAUUUCUUGUUCUAUUCCAAUGCUAAUCCCCCCGGCAGAGACUACCGGCCUGUAUCAUGCCGCCGAUGCCAGUGAUUAA